CUCCUGCGCGCACUUCCGGCCGCCAUCAGGACGCGCCUGCGCGGCAGCGUUGGCGCGUGCGCACUGGAGUCGAGCGUAGCGACCCGGCGAGGCGCCACCGGCCACGGACCUUGGGGGGACUGAGCGUCCGACAUCCCGACGCGCGACCGCCCGAGGUGCGGACCCCCGGAAGCCCUGGGUGCGAGGUUCGGAGGGCGGGCAGGCGCCUGGGGUAUGCUCGGCGCGCGGCCUGCAGCGGGGUCCAACUUGGCGCGCGUCUGGAGGGCGCCCUGGAGGGGGCGCCCAGAGGGGCCCAGGGAGUCUCCGCAGGGGCCUUCGCCGGUCAGGCACAUCUCGGCAGCGCUGAGCCCAUUUUGCAAAGGAGGCGGGUACAGAGAGGCUGAGGGACGUGCCCAAGGUCACCCAGCCCGGAGCCCAAGCCCAGGAAUCGUGGGAAGAGGGUGGAGGCCCCUCAGACCCCCACCUACACCCCUCCAGAAAGGCACGGUCCCCGAAGCGACUGCAGGGCUGGGGCCAUGCGCCACCAGAGUUGUGGGAAACCCGGGUGUGAAAGGUCCACGUGCUCAGGAACCCAGGCAAGCCAGCACUUGGGAUGAUUUCAGGCGGCUCAGAUGCUGAAAUACAGGAGCAUCAGGCCUGCGCUGCUGCUGCUGCUGGCUCAGCGGCCCAAGGCUCAACGCGGGCUCUCCCAGCUCAAGGCCUCCGCCCUCCUGAGGACUCCUGGAGGUGAGGUCCGCCAAGUGAGGUGCCGGCUCUCGUCAGGGCAGGGCCCUGCAGAGACAGGCAGGCAGGGCCAGCCCCGGGGCCCUGGGCUGCGAACCAGGCUGCUGGUCACGGCCUUAUUUGGGGCGGGGCUGGGGGGAGUCUGGCUGGCCUUGCGGGCUGAGAAGGAGCGGGAACAGCAGCGGCGGCGGACAGAGGCCCUGCGCCAGGCCUCUGUGGGCCAGGGAGACUUCAGCCUGCUGGACCACCGGGGCCAGGCUCGCUGCAAAGCCGACUUCCGAGGCCAGUGGGUGCUGAUGUACUUUGGCUUCACUCACUGUCCCGAUAUCUGCCCCGACGAACUGGAGAAGCUGGUGCAGGUGGUGCGGCAGCUGGAGGCCCAGCCCGACCUGCCCCCGGUGCAGCCCAUCUUCGUCACCGUGGACCCCGCUCGGGACGACGUCGCCGCCAUGGCCCGCUACGUGCAGGACUUCCACCCGCGGCUCCUGGGCCUGACCGGCUCUGCCAAGCAGGUUGCCGAGGUCAGCCGCAGCUACCGAGUGUACUACAGUGCCGGCCCCAAGGACGAGGACCAGGACUACAUCGUGGACCACUCCAUUGCCAUCUACCUGCUCAACCCCGACGGCCUCUUCACAGACUACUACGGCCGGGCCAGGUCGGCCGAGCAGAUUGCAGACAGUGUGCGGCGCCACAUGGCUGUCUUCCGCAGCGUCCUGCCCUGAGCGUCAUUAAAGGCUGUGGCGGA